GGGAUGUCAGAUUUUGUUUCUGUUCUUUAUUCCCCACGUAGUUCAGCUAUGGAUAAACGAGGUGUACUGGCAGAAGCUGUGAAUGGAGAUGCUUUGCCUAACAUGAACGUAAUCAGUACCAUGAAGUUCCCUCAUCGAUACACGAAAGAAGAACUCCUGGACAUUAAAGAACAUCCUCAGUCUAAACAAAGGCCAUCAUGUCUCUCUGAAAAAUAUGACAGUGAUGGGGUAUGGGACCCUGAAAAAUGGCAUGCGUCGCUGUACCCAAAUUCUGGAAGGACUUCACCGGUGGAAGGUCUAAGAAAGGAAUUAGACUUAGAUCGUCCUUCCCUCAUUCGGAGAAUAGUGGAUCCCAGGGAACGGGUGAAAGAAGAUGAGCUGGACAUAGUGCUGAGUCCCCAGAGGCGAAGUUUUGGAGGGGGCUGCCAUGUCCCUGCAGCAGCUGCUGCUGCACGUCGAGCCGGGAGUCCCCUGGAGAAAGAAAACGACGGUGUCCGCGUCAUUGGUGGACGCAGAAUUGGUAGUGGGAGAAUAAUUUCUGCAAGAAGCUUUGAUAAAGACCACCGAAGCGGUGAAAAGGACCCAAGAGAUCUGAGAGAGAGAGACCGUGACAGGGAAUGCAAAGACAAGCGUUUCAGGAGGGAAUAUGGGGACAGCAAGCGUGUCUUUGGGGAGCGUCGAAGGAAUGACUCCUACACAGAGGAGGAGCCAGAGUGGUUCUCUGCUGGUCCCACCAGUCAGUCAGAAACCAUUGAACUUACGGGAUUUGAUGAUAAAAUCCUAGAAGAGGAACACAAAGGACGAAAACGAACAAGGCGCCGCACCGCCUCUUUAAAAGAAGGAAUAGAAUGCAAUGGUGGAGUAACUGAGGAGGAAGACCUGCAGACAGCUCUUGGCCAGGAGACAGCAGCGGACCAGGAAGUCCCGAGGGAAAUGGCGUUGCCAGAGCCGGCACCGGGGGAGUUUGACUUCAAUGAGUUCUUCAACCUGGAUAAGAGCGUUCCAGGUUUGGCUUCAAUGAUAGAAGAUGUGCUGGGGGAAGGCUCUGUGUCUGCCAGCAGGUUCAGCCGCUGGUUUUCUAAUCCUAGUCGAUCUGGAAGCCGCUCAAGUAGUCUUAGAUCUACGCCCCACGAAGAGUUGGAGAGAUUGGCAGGUCUAGAGCAAGGCAUUCUGUCCCCUGGCCAGAACUCUGGAAACUACUUUGCUCCUAUUCCUUUGGAAGAUCAUUCGGAAAACAAAGUGGACAUCUUAGAGAUGCUACAGAAAGCUAAAGUGGACUUAAAGCCUCUCCUCUCAAGUCUCUCAGCCAACAAGGAGAAGCUUAGAGAGAGCACACAUUCAGGGGUUGUACUUUCAGUCGAGGAAGUAGAAGCUGGGCUGAAAGGCCUGAAAAUGGAUCAGGAGGGGAAAACUGCAGCCCCUUUAAUGGCAGAGCGGAUGGAGGAGUCACUAAACAAGGCUGAUUCUCGGCGCUUUAAAGACGGUGAUAUGUCUGCCUUCAACAAAUUAGUCAGUACUAUGAAGGCAAGUGGGACUCUACCUUCACAGCCCAAAGUCAAUCAAACUCCUGAAAAUCAACUGAUGCCACCUUCCGAGAUGUCAGGCCAGUCGGCUACAAAGAAUAUCCUGCAGGAGAUCCUUGGGCCUCCCCCUUGCAGACAGACAUCAUCCAGUGUCCUCAGCACCUUGAUGGGUGGCUUGGAGCCUGUUCCCUCUCUCCUCGGCCAGAGAGCCCCCUCUCCGCCGCAGCCGCCCAUCUCGCAGAUGUUUCCCACGCGGGCUGCUUCAGCUGACUACUUGAGGCAUCGUGUUCCAUCUCCAGUUGGCUUUGGAGCAGGGUCCCAGCAGCUGUUGGCUGAUCCAUUCCAGGGGAUACGAAAAUCGGUGAGCCCAGCUGCUGCUGCUCAGAUGAAUCCUCUUGAGUUACAACAAGCUGCGUUAGAAGGUCUCUCUCUUCCACAUGACUUAACUAUGCAAGUGCCAAAUUUCUACCAACCAGGUUUUGGCAAACUACAGAUGGAUAAAAACAGAGAUGGCUUCAGGAACCGGCAGCCGCGCGUGACUCAGUCUCCGGCCUCUUUGGGGCUCAGAGGAAACGCCUCUUCUCCGACCACAGCUGCCUCCAUCACUAGCAUGCUGUCUCCUUCCUUUACUCCUACCUCAGUAAUACGCAAGAUGUAUGAAAGCAAAGACAAAAGCAAAGAUGAGCCCCACGCAGCAAAGUUGAAAUCAAGCGAGCGAGAAGAAGGUCCAAGGACAAUUGAAGUGAGCCUUUUGCCAUCCAGGUCCACAGAUCAUGUUGACCAAGAGAACUCGCCCUCUGUAGCCACCAAACUGGCAUCACUGCAGCGUACUGCAUGUACAACCCCACUUUCUCAAGCGAACCGCCCCACCAAAGAGCAGGACCACAGGCCAAAGUCUGCUGGGAGAAAAACCCCUACGAUGGCUUCUCCAGUGCCAGGGAAUGCUUUUCUCCGUCCAGUCCACCAAGUUCCCCUGGUUCCUCAAAUGGUACGACCUGCUCAUCAGCUGCCCCCCGGAUUGGUCCAAAGGAUGCUGGCACAAGGCCUUCAUCCACAGCAUCUUCCUCCUCUCCUGCAAGCAGGUAUGAUUCCUCCUGGGGUUGACCUGGCUCACUUACAGGGAGUAUCUGCUCCCCUGCUUGGUCAACCAUGCUACCCUCUAACAACAGCUGGCCAUCCUCUCUUGAACCCUUGCUCAGCGACACCUUUGCAGCUGGCAAUGAUGCAGCAGCAGCUACAGCGAUCAGGCUCUGGCACGCAAGGAUCUGCUGUUGGUGUGCAAACAACCCCUCCCCCUGCGUCCUCUCGGACUGGACUGCCUCACAUGCACUCGCAGCUUGACCAUCGUGCUACCCAGCGGAGUAGCUCUCCUGUCGGUCUCGCAAAGUGGUUUGGUUCUGAUGUCUUACAGCAGCCGCUCCCUUCCAUGCCAUCCAAAGUGAUCAGCGUGGACGAACUGGAAUACCGGCAGUGAAGAGCCUUGUGGGAGAGCAGGAAUCUGCGCUGCAUCUGACUAGACACGGAUCUCCUUGGGCAGCUGGCCUCUUGUGUGCUUCACUGCUAUUUCUUUUGGGGUGCUUUGGUUUUAGCACUUUGCGCAGAGUUCUUUUGGAGUGACUAAAAGCACAUGGCGCCUGUCCUAGCUUCCAUGUCUACACCAAGAUUAAAAGAAUUCAUUAUAGAUUGAAUAGCGAACCCUGGAAAAACUUGGAUGCGAGACAGUACCAGUUGAAUUCUGGAAGCAUCUACCUUUUUUGUUUGGCUUUUUUGUAAAAAUGUGGGAAUGAAGUGCUGGUGACCUCCUGGGACAGAGGUAGCAGCCUAAGGGUUCAUCACUGGAAAUUCUAUGUACAGACCAAUGUGUGAACAUCUUUUUUUGUAUAUAUCCAUGGGAGAGCUUUUUUGAACUUAUACAGCUGUACAUAAGAGUAGCUAGUAAAAAGUUAAGCUUUAGUUUGUGUGCCUCUGGUUUGGAUCUAUUCACUGUACAUGUGGGACUUGUAUUAAAGGUGCCGCACAAGUCAAUGUGAGUGAACCAGGUGACGUUGCUUUGCCUCUUGUGUACUCCAGUCUUAUUCCACCACAUUGUUUUCUAGGCAGCAGUGACAAAAGUGCGAAAAGGCCACUAUAUACUCUCCAUUUUUGCAGUCAAGAGGAAAAGGAGCUACUAGGCUGGGUUCUUAAGCACCUGGAAAGUGGGCUGCAAGAUGCUGAUCUUCAUAACGGUACACAGCUUUAGGUACAAUAGACCUUGCACCUGACUGUCAACUCUGCUGCAGUAUGGUGUAUCUUCAGUGUUGCUGUCCACUAAACAAGUCAAACAUAGCUGCUCUCCAGAGUCUACUACUGCUAGCAGUUGUAGCAACUUGUUCUCCCCUGCUGUGAAAUAACAGCCUUAAAUCACACACAAAUGUGAUGUCUUCAGUCCAAAAAUAAACCAAAUCCUGAACUGUUCCAGUUGGUGGCAUGCUGUGUUAAUGUCGAUGACCCAGAACAGUUUGGAGAAAUGACCUGUCAGUUGUACCAUGAAAUCUAUGUGGGCCAUCAAUGACUAAACACUUGAAGACUUUGUAACAUGAACUCAUUGAGUACAAGUGGUCAUGGUCUUGUCCCUGUAAGAUUGCUUCAUAACUUUUUUUUAAAUGACAGUUUCCCCAGAACUCAUUCUGUAAAUAAAGUCAAUUCUAUGAGCUUUCUGA